AAUGGAUUAAAAUAGGAAUAAUAUAAUCAUUAUCUUAUUAGUAUAUUUGUUUAUGCCUUAAUAUGGGUACUUAUAUUUCAAAUGGAUAUGGCAAUUUUUAGUUAAAAUGCCCGAAGUUUCAAGAAACUCUGUAAGGGAUUUAAUUAAAUGUUUCGAAGCUAUGAAGCACUCUGGCGAAACCUACAAAAGUAUAUUGAAUAUUCCACGCAUCAUAGUAGACGAUUUCGACUCAUCGAACAAAGAACCGAAAAGGCAAAAUAGCCAUUCAACAGGACCGACGCCUAGAAUUUAUACCAGAUCCUAUUCAGAUGCGUCAAUCAAAAAAAUGCUGGAGGAAGCCGAGCACAGGAAACACGAAUUUUGGAAAUUGCUCGACGAACACAAUGCCGUUAUAGAAAAUCUCAAGAGAAUAGAGAAACUCGAGCAUAAAAUUAUUUAAAUGGAUAAUUGUUUGUUUUGUUUAUUUCUUGUAUUCAACAAAAUGUUGUAUUUUAGCUUAUUAUUGUAUUGUAAAACUAGGUAAUUAUUAGUUGUUUGUAUUUCUUUAUUGUAAGUCUGAUAUUCAUUAAGUUAUUGGGACAUAAACAAUUAUUAUAGAAGUUUUUAAGCAAUAAUUUCUAUGAGGCACAAUUGUAUGUGCAAAAGAAGGAAAAUAUUUAAUUUUUUUAAUAAAAAUUUGCUAUAUGAAGGAU